AUGGAUGCAACGCAAUAUGUGUUCCUUUCCCUAAGCCUCCACAGCCUACAACCACUAGAGCAGCUCCCACUACAAGAGCUCCCACUACAAGAGCUCCCCUACAACUGCUCCCCACCACAACUGCUCCCACCACAACUGCUCCCACUACACUUGCCCCCACCACAGCUGCGCCUGACUACAGCUGCUCCCACUACAGCUGCUCCCACUACAUCUGCGCCGACUACAGCUGCUCCCACUACACAUGCUCCCACCACACCUGCCCCUACUUCACCUGUCCCAACUACAGCUGCUCCCACUACACCUGCUCCCACUACAGUAGCUCUGACUACAGAUCCUCCAACCACACCUGCCCCCACUACACCUGUCCCCACUACAGCUGCACCUACUACAGCUGCUCCCACUACACCUGCUCCCACUACACCUGCUCCCACUACAGUAGCUCCGACUACAGAUCCUCCCACAACACUUCCUCCCACCACACCUGCCCCCACUACACCUGUCCCUACUACAGCUGCACCUACUACAGCUGCUCCCACUACAGCUGCUCCUACUACACCUGCUCCCACCACACCUCCUACUCCAGGUAAGCCACCAGCUAUAUAUAAAAUUAUUUUUUAA